UAAAAGGUUAAAUAAAAUAAUGUAAAUAAAGUCUAAGUUUAGAUUCUUUGAUAUUGCAGCAAACUUAACAGAUGAUUAAUUUUAUGGAGUGUAUCAUCAUAAGAAAUAGCAUUAAGCUGAUUAUAAAGAUGUAAUGAAAAGAGCAUCAGAUAUUGGUUGUGAACAUUUAUUAAUUGCAAGUGGAUGUUUAGGAGAUUUAAAGAAAGCAAGAGAAUUAUGUUAGAUGAGUCCACAUUAUUAUACAACAGCAGGUAUUCAUCCAUGUCGUGCAGCUGAACUUAAAAAAAAUUAUUAUGGAUAUAUGGGUGAUUUGAAAGAAUAAUUAGAAAUGGCAUUGAAAGAAAAGAAAUUGGUAGCAAUUGGUGAAUGUGGACUUGAUUAUGAUAGAUUGGAAUGGUCUACUAAGGAAGAAUAAAUGAUAGCAUUUGAACCACAUUUUGAUUUAGCUGAAAAACAUAAAUUACCUAUGUAUCUACAUAAUAGGAAUACAGGUGAUGAUUUUUAUAAUAUAAUGCAAAAGAAUAGACAUAGAAUAGUUGGAGGAGUUGUACAUUCAUUUACAGGACCUUAAGAUGAAUUAUAAAAAAUUUUACAUUUAGAUCUUUAUGUUGGAGUUAAUGGUUGCUCUUUAAAAACAUAAGACAAUAUUAAUGUUGCUAAAUUAAUCCCUUUAGAUAAGCUAAUGUUAGAAACUGACUCACCUUAUUGUGAAAUUAGAAAUACUCAUGCAUCAAGCAAAUUAGUUAAGACGUAAUUCUAAGCUCAAAAACACGAAAAAUGGAAGGAAGGAUAACUUAUUAAAAGUAGAAAUGAACCUUGUAAAAUUAUAUAAGUACUUGAAGUGAUGUCAGAGUUAUUAAACAUAGAAUAAGAAAAAUUAUCAGAAAUCUGCUUUUAAAAUUCUUUAAAGUGUUUUGGUUUAGCAUGA